GGUAGAGCAGAGAAAGCACAGGACAGGAGCCUCCUGCAGUGUGCAGAUCUUCAAGAUGCAGCGCAUCUACAUGCAGAGCAAUGAGCACUUUGAAGUUUUCACCACCGUCCUUGCUCCACAAGGGAGGUAUCGAUACAGAGCAGAAGCUGAAAAGAUGGUGGCGGUGAGCGGCUACAGGCCCGAGUGGCCGGACGAGCUGGAGCUGUCUCCGGGCGACGUCAUCCUGGUGCUGUCCAAGUACCAGGAGGAGCGGUGGUUCGGCCGGCUGCAGGGCGGCCAGCGGGGAUACUUCCCCGCCUCAUGCGUGAUGGAGCUGGGCCAGGCAAAUCCAAAAGCCCUCCACAGGAGGACCGCGGACGGGAACAGUAAACCCAUCAGAUAUGUAAAUGGACACAUUCUGCAGGCACUGAGGAGGGGGAGCAGAGGAGGAGGAGGAGGAGGUGGCGGAGGAGCAGCAGGAGGGGUGGGGCUGGACGGGGGCCAGGUUGGACGAGAGGGCCCCUUCCUGGUGCGGAGGCCCCAGAUCCCUCCACCCCAGCCCGUGGCCUCUCACCCUCAGAUGCACAGAUCUCCAAGUUUGCUCUGCAGGAUCUUGUCCAAGUGCCGGAAAAAGAGUGAAUGCCACGGAGCCACCAAUAAGGCCUUCGAAGGCGACUAAGAAGCUUUUUUUUUUUUUGUCCUGGGUGGCUGAGCAGAGUUCAUUUUGUUGGGGCUACGUUGGGGGUUUGAUGGCUUAGCAGAUGAGCUUGUAAAAUAUGCAAAUUUAAGUAUCAACUGUACCAAUAUCCUGAUGUGGGCGCUUACUUGUGCUACACCAGGUUGCUGUUGAUUUUCUUACUUUUAAGAGGAAAGCAAGAAGUUAAAUUGCUAAAUGUUAACCCACCCUAUUAGUGAUGUCACAGAGGUUGUUUUAAUCAUUACAUCUGAUGGACAAUGCAUGUUGUGACAUCGCUCAUGUGGGGGUUUGGUCCCAAAGGCAAACCUGACAGAAAGCUUGAAAGCUGAGCAGAUGCUUAGUUUUUUCCCUUAUUUUAGCAAGAUAUCAAAUGCUAGACUUACUGUAAGCUUUUUAAAGUACAGUUUCUUGAAUGCAACAGUAUUAGUCGUUGGCACUGAAGGAGGCAGGAAGUUAUUGUUCAAUAAAAUCAAGAGGUUUUCUGUCAUAUUAUUGCUGUUUACUAUAAGAAAUGUAUUUACUUUUGUCUCUAUCAUGUCAUUUAAGUGUGUGACGGGCAAGUUAUUCUGGUGAUAAUGAUAAAA